GUGAUCCGUGCUCACGUGUCUCCACUGCCGGCUCCCCGGGAAUUAAGCACCCUAGAUUUUAGGUAGUCUUGAGAAAGGAGUCGAGUCCAAAGGGAAGUGAGGAGAACCAGAUCCCAGACAUUUGGGGAGAAGGAUCAGUCACCCUCCACCAUAGCCAAGAAGUUCACCAGAGAAAGAGAACAAGAUGAAAAGAGUCUUCGUAAAAUAACAGGCCCAAACAGACAAGUGUUCCCCCUGCCACCCCUGGGAUGUGGUCUUGAGGCGGAGCCCCCAGCUCUGGCAGGAAGAGGCUGUCCAUGUCAUGGCACAAGUCAGCAUCAACAGUGACUUCAGCGAGUGGGGCAGCAGCACGGAUGCUGGGGAGCGGGCCCGUCUGCUGCAGAGUCCAUGUGUGGACACAGCCCCCAAGAGUGAGGGCUACGCCUCUCCUGGGGACCCUGACAGAGGCACCACCUCCACUCUUGGGGCCAUCUUCAUCGUGGUCAAUGCCUGCCUGGGCGCAGGGCUGCUCAACUUCCCAGCAGCCUUCAGCACUGCCGGGGGCGUGGCGGCCGGCGUCAUGCUGCAGAUGGCUAUGCUAGUGUUCAUCAUCAGUGGCCUCGUCAUCCUGGCUUACUGCUCCCAAGCCAGCAACGAGAGGACCUACCAGGAGGUGGUGUGGGCCGUGUGUGGCAAGCUGACAGGCGUGCUGUGUGAGGUGGCCAUUGCUGUCUACACCUUUGGCACCUGCAUCGCCUUCCUCAUCAUCAUUGGGGACCAGCAGGACAAGAUUAUAGCAGUGAUGGCAAAGGAGCCCGAGGGGGCCUUCAGCAGCCCCUGGUACACAGACCGCAAGUUCACCAUCAGCCUCACCGCCUUCCUCUUCAUCCUGCCCCUGUCCAUCCCCAGGGAGAUUGGCUUCCAGAAAUAUGCCAGUUUCCUGAGCGUCGUGGGCACCUGGUACGUCACUGCCAUCAUUAUCAUCAAAUACAUCUGGCCAGAUAAAGAGAUGACCCCAGGGGACAUCCUCACCAGGCCAGAAUCCUGGAUGGCUGUGUUCAAUGCCAUGCCCACCAUCUGCUUUGGAUUUCAGUGCCACGUGAGCAGUGUGCCCGUCUUCAACAGCAUGCGGCAGCCUGAGGUGAAGACCUGGGGCGGGGUAGUGACGGCAGCCAUGGUCAUAGCCCUGGCUGUCUACAUGGGUACAGGCAUCUGUGGCUUCCUGACUUUUGGAGCUGCUGUGGACCCCGACGUGCUCCUGUCCUAUCCCUCGGAGGACAUUGCUGUGGCUGUCGCCCGAGCCUUCAUCAUCCUGAGUGUGCUCACCUCCUACCCCAUCCUGCACUUCUGUGGACGGGCCGUGGUCGAGGGCCUGUGGCUGCGCUACCAGGGCCUGGCAGUGGAGGAGGACGUGGGCCGGGAGCGGCGGCGGCGCGUGUUGCAGACGCUGGUGUGGUUUCUGCUCACCCUGCUGCUGGCACUCUUCAUCCCUGACAUCGGCAGGGUCAUUGCCGUCAUCGGAGGCCUGGCUGCCUGCUUCAUCUUUGUCUUCCCAGGGCUGUGCCUCAUUCAAGCCAAGCUCUCUGAGAUGGAGGAGGUAAAACCAGCCAGCUGGUGGGCCUUGGUCAGCUAUGGAGUUUUCUUGGUCACUCUGGGAGCCUUCAUCUUUGGCCAGACCACAACCAACGCCAUCUUUGUGGAUCUCCUGGCGUAACCACUGCCUGGCAAGAAGCACAUGGCCUCAGCCAUUGGACCCAGGAACCUGUCUCUCCGAGCUGCGGGACCACCCCAAAUCCAACAUCCCUCCAGCUGGUGAUGACGUCUGCACAUCUCCUCAGGACAGCAGCAUCCGGCCCUACACCUGUGGGCUGCUCAGACCCAGCCUCCUUCCGUCGCGGACAAUUCCGUGGGUGGUGGCAGAACAUCGCGUGUCCUAGAGGGACUUCCAUUUCCCAGCUCUCGGUUUCCCCAUGCCUGGACCUUAAGGGAGAAGACGGAGUCUCAGGUCAGACAGGGUGGCACAUGCCUGAAUCCCAGCAUUCAGGAGGCUGGGAUGAGAGGACCAUCACAAGUUCAAGGACAGCUAAGGCUACAUAGUGAACAGGGCCAAUAUGAACUAUGUAGCAAGACCCCUUCUC